AUUUUAAUUCCUAAUUUUUUGCAAGUCCACUGAUAAACAUUAAUCUUUUUUUUUUUCCUUUUUUAAAUCUUAAUUUGUUUUUCGUUUGUCAAAUGAAGGGUACUGAAGGUCAAGAGUUCAAGGAAAAAUUAAAGGAGAUUUAUGAGGAAAAUGGCGAGAACUGUUCAAUAAAUUUUCUGAGGAGGAGGGAAUUACUGGGAAGUUCAAGAAGUUCAACGCCGUUUGUUUAAAGGGUACGGAAGAGGAAGAAAGUCAACGCAGUGAAGUAACAGAUAAGCUUCUUCAAGAGUAGGGGGAAGAUGGAGAAAACCAACAAUCCGAUGAGGAAACUGAAAUGAUUCUGAAUAACCUUUCAAAGAACCUUGAAAUGUUUCAAACAGGGGGACUAGAUGGUGUCACUGCCGUGAAUUCAAGUAGCUUUGGAGCAAGGGAAAACCCAUUUGAGCAAUUGAGGGAGUUAAAGAGAAAAAGAGAAGAACUGGAUGGAGCCAGUAAGGACGAAAGGCCUGCAACUGCUAACAGUACUACUCCAAGUAGUGAGUUAAUGGCUGAGCCUCACCAGAAGAACCAUCAGCUAGCCGCUGCAGGAGCUCCUCAAGGACCUCUGUUCUCAACCAACAGAGGUACACAAAUACAAAUGAACAAGGUUGCUCAUGAUAAGGAGGCCUCCACUUCAUCAUCGGCACCUCCACCUCAUCAUGAGCUUGGACUAGGCAGCAAGCAACAAGUUAGCAUGUACAAUCUUGUGAAGCAAUAUGUGAAGCUCAAAGAUGCUAAAAGAAGAUGGCAGGAAGCUGCAGCAGCUGCUAUUGAUGCUAACCACGAAUACAAGGAAAAGAAGAAAGAAGCUGACAACUUGAACGAACAAGUGAAGGGAUUGGAGGAGGGGUUUAGCAAGCUCAAGGCUGAACUGGCAGAGAAGAUUUCCAAGGAUGCACUUCAGUUGCAGAUGCUCUAUGCUGUGAUCCUUGGUUGGAAUUUGAAGAACAGGCUGCUGCAGGUCAUCUCUCCUGGCUCAGAGUUUCUAAACUUGCCUCUAUGGGACACUAUUCAGCUCUAUCCUUCUCUCCAAAACCAGUUCAAUGAAGGUCUGGCUUUGAUAGGUCAGGGACAUCCCAUCGAUGACAAAGUUGCCACUCAAUCUAAUGAUCCACCUGUGGUUGUGCCGCUUUCCAAAUUUUGGCACUACAACUUGUUGGAUAAUGUUUCGCAAUGUGAGCCACGCGUUUUUUGCACUCUAGAAGAUGCUGCCAACAUAGCUGCCAAUAGUCUUCAAUUUCAGGCUGAAAACGCCAGAGCUAAUAAUGUGGAACAGGAGGAUGAUGCAAAUUAUCAGAGGAUGGAUGAAGCUACUGAGGCUGAACACUGGGACUGGAGGUCGGUAUUGCGUGCGCUUGGUGGUAAGGAUCCUUGAGUUUAUCCCUUUUGUAUUUGUGAUCAUUAGUUCGCAGAUGCAAGAUGGCUGCGUGCUUCCUGGGAACAAUUUCAUUGCCCCUGCGUAGGCCUAUAAUUUGAUACAGUGGAUAUAGUUUCCUUCUGUCUAUCCAUCGGAUACUGAAUGCUGGAUUUUUGGUGCUGAUCCGAGCAUCUUUUUAUUUGACGUAUGACCUGUUGAU